AUGUCUGUCAGUGAUAAUUCAACUUUGGCCGUGUCGCGCGACAAUGAAGGGUCUUAUCAGUUGCUGGAUGGAUAUGCAUACGGUGUCGGAGACUUGGCAGUCAAUUCUUAUGAGAAGUCACCUUACGCAAACGCUCAGAUGGUCACCCUAGACGUCGGACCCGACGCUACUCGCUUUGACGUCCACGGCACCGUCCUCUGCCAAAGUGCAGAGCUUGCGGCGAAGUUUAAUCCGUGGAGCUUAAAGAAGCAGCCGGUGCCGCUACCAGAGGUCGACGAAGCGACAGCACAUACACUCGUGCAUUACCUAUAUACUGGUAAAUACCAAGCUCUAAACACGCAUUCUCAGCCCGACAAAGCAGUGGCACUGAGCUACAAGCUCGGAACGUGUGUGUACUGCGCAGCUGUCCGCUACAAGCUACCAGGGCUCGUGGAACUCGCAAAGGAGAAGAUCACUUCGUUUGGCGAGGACGUGGGCAUCUUCGACACACUUGCCAUGGCGAGAGACCAUGCAUUUCCACUCCUACCGGAAGAUGAAUCAUGGUAUGCGGCGUAUCUGGAAGGUGCGAUUAACAGCGCUAUGGCGGAGGAUCCAGAACCGUUCCGAAAGCCAGAUUUCAUUACCCAGGUUGAAGGCAAUAGCCGACUUCUCCAGGUCGUUUGGAAGACUGUGAUGAGUAACUAUGCCAGAGCCCCUGUCGUACCGGUUAUUGUGGAGGAUGAAGCUGUAACUCCAACAGCUGAGACUCUUCCAGAGGACUUUGAGUCGGCUGAUGUUCGAGGGCCCGAGCCUGCUCAAGAGCCUCAAGACAUUAGUGCUAGAGAAACGAAGCUAGUCGAUGACAGUACACCAUCACCUAUGCCGAUUGAAACAGACGCCUCAGCUACAGGGGCCAAGUCCGAGUCUGAUAUCGCACAAGAGGAUUCCUUGGAACUGGACGACAUCGAGCCCACAGUAGAGAUGUCGCAGGCACCGGAGCCCUUCACAGACGAGCUAGGCUUCGAAAGGAGCAAGAUGUACAAGCAAAUGGGCAAGAAAUCGGAAUUGGCUGUUGGCACCGAGCCAAAUCUAGAAGCGCUCAAGAAGUCUGCUCAUACACGAUCCGAUUCUGUGAUGCAAGUUGAAGAAGCUGCGCCAACGCCUAAUCUGGAGAGGAAAGACAGUGAAACUGCAGAACUUGUAGACGACGGAUCGCAGGUAAACGGGCUGAAUGACGGUGCCACGACGUCGAAGAAGAUCAAGAAACAAAAGAAGAAGAAGUCGUCAAUUGUUUUCCAUUGA